AUGGGUAAAAGCGGCCAUUUUGUUUCCUCUGCCAGCUGUGCUGUCUCUAUCUUAUUCGUGUCCAGGAAAAUGUCUGGAGGAGAUACCACAAUGGCUUUUAAGACUUGGGAAUUGUCAAACAAUAUCGAGACAGUGAACAGCGUGGACGAAAUUUUCAAGUUUGACCGCCAACAACAGCAAGAAAUUCUCCAAGCAAAACCUUGGCAGAAAGAGUGAGUUCCUCUAGUGCAACAAUCUUAAUAAGAAAGCCUGUAAAAAUGUGUUGUUUUUAGUUUAUUUUAUUUAAGCGAAAUUUAAAUUUUAUUUUAUUUUAACUUUUCAGCCCACACUACUUCAAGAACAUAAAAAUUUCCGCCUUGGCAUUGUUAAAAAUGGUAGGGAAUGUAAUAUACCAUGUCUGGUACAUAUUGCCACAUUUUUUGCUCUAAAGAACUCUGAGAUUUGACUCUAUCCCUGGAGAUUAGCGCGCAAAUGCAAACUUAUUUCCAGUUGUUGCCAUGGCUUAGACUGUUCACAGUUCCCUAUUUUUGUGUAAGAUCAUCGAGGUCGAAGACUUUGCAUUGCGGGGGACCAUCUUAGAUGAGUGUCAAAUCUACUAAAGGGGUUGUGGGACGAUUUGGGAAGAAGCAGGAAAAAUAGAGGGACUGUCCAAACAUGACUGACACUCGUGCGUCUGGGAGCGUGAUAGGAAUUUCACACCUUGUACCAUUCAUCAAUUUAUUAACCAAUUUCUGCUUAUGAUGAAAAACAUACCAGGCACAUUUAGCAUUGAUUUCGUGUGUCUACAAACUUGUUCUUUUGAAACAGUGAUUACGAUAGAAUUACAAGGAAAUUUUUCCAAAUAACAUCAGCAAGCAUAUACACAGUUGAAACAUUUUGCCAAUCUAAGCGGCAAGCAUGCUUUAAUUCUUUAACACUGAUUAACCCAUUCACUCCUGGAGAUUUUGCCGAAAAACGCGUUUUGAAGCUAGUCAAGUGGUUUUCUGGUCACUGUUGUGCUAUAAAGAGCAAAAACUUACCACAAACCGGUUUACAGGUUGUACACUUCACGGCCUUCUGAUCCAGAUGCAAAAUUUCAGCUUGCGAAGUUUGGGCAUGCGCAGAAAUCAAAAUUUCGAGAUAGUUUUUGGGGUUAAAAGUGACACAGCAGUCUUGACUUUUACUUUUCACUUUCUCUCCUCCCCUCUUUUUUUGCUUUUCUUGCCUCAUUUUUUUCCCUCUUGCUGGGCAUUUUGUAGGCUUUGUUUUGGUGGGAAGAGUUGUAAGGAAAGCUUUUAGGAUCAUAGGAUUAGGUGAAAGGAAAAGUAGCUGAGCAAUGGAACAAGAUUUUCAUGGAGAUUUUCAGGUCAAUGUCACAUGGUUUUUUGCUUCUUUCUCCAGUGUCCUUCACUGAAUUGUGCUUAUUCUGGUAUGGUUUGAAAGAUCUCUUCACUAUGCUCAAGUUAGCAGACAAAGUUGUCCUUGAUCGUUAAAACUGAUGACGUCACAAAGGGUAGAAAGGACGCGGAUCUGCACGGGCGGUUACAGGCGGUUCAGGAGCGAAUGGGUUAAAACAGUUAAACCUCCAAAUGAAAAGCCAGAAAUUUCUGGCACGGUUCUUUGUAGUGUUUCAAUUCAUUUGGCAGAAACCUUGUUGCUUUUUUCAACACUCCCCAGAUGUCUGAAAGUAUUGAACAUUAUAUUGAACAAUACCCUGGAAAAUCCCUUGUGUGUUUGCACAAAAUGUGCCUUGCAAAUUCUCAAUAGCAUCAGGUUUUGAAAACAGUAUUUGCAUACUUGUAAAUGGUUUUAUCUCAUCCCUACUCCAUGAAAUGUCAAGAAGAGUCUGUCCUGGUUCACAUGAAUUGAAAAUAAAUUCUUUUCCCAGUUUAGUGAGCCCAGUCUAGCCACGACUGGAAAUCCUCUGCAUUUGUUGGCUACUGAAGAUUUGUUACUUACCCCACAACUGGUGGGUGCAGCUGACACAGGUCGUUUUGCCCAAAAGUCAAUUUCCCCAUGAAAAUUUGCCUGGAAUCAAGUCGAUUCACCCGAUGUUUGUUUGUAAUUCUUUAAGCCUGAUGAAAAGGAAUAAGCUUGGAAGACAUAAGGGUACCAGUUCAUGUUUUUUGCUUGUUUCGUGUGAUUUCUGCCCAAUAAAGUUGAAAUCAUCAACCAAAUGUCCUCCUCUGUUUUAUUACUGCAAAAAAGUCACUGAAAAAAAUGUUGUGCAAAAUAUCUAUGAAACGUUAUUACUGAAUUUUAAUAUAUCAAAACUGGCCUAUUGACAUCAAUACCAUUGAUAUUUGCUGAUAUCGUCCAAUUUGGUGGUGUUAACUGGUUAUGAAGACUUAGCCACCCAGGGGAUUUAAACCAAUCAGAAAUGGAAAAAAUAUUUAAUAUGUAAAUUAAAUAUCAUUGUAUCAACAGCCACUAACAGUUUUCAUUUUCAUGUGUAUCUCUAGGUAAUGCAUGCCAGGUCUGGUGGGAACCUGGAGGUGAUGGGACUUAUGCUGGGAAAAGUUGAUGGUGAUACCAUGAUUGUAAUGGAUGCGUUUGCUCUGCCUGUAGAAGGAACUGAAACAAGAGUGAAUGCUCAGGCAGCUGCGUAUGAGUACAUGGCAGCAUAUACUGAAUCUGCUAAAUUGGUGAGGUGUGAUCUAAAAAGACUACUGACAAACCUGUAUUAAGCGGUCACCCUUUAUUAAGCAUUCACUUUCUUAAGUCCCCUAAAGCAUAUUUUCUCUUAAUUACUGUAAAACUGACCUGUAUCAAGUGGUCACAUCUGUUAAUGGUCGCAGUCACCUUUUCUGUGGUGUUUUUCUGUUAUUUGUUGUUUUCACAUCCAUUGAACUCUCACUUUCUCAAGAUGCAAGUGCAAUAGAUACACUGAGCACUGCAUUCAGUGGUCUAGUUUUACUCUCUUUUCAUUUGGCGCAAGCAGAGGUAGAAACACUCUGAGGUCAACUUGUCAUGUUAUGGAUACUACCCUUUGCCACCGUCUAUUUUCUUGAUCAAGCCUUUGGUUUGUCAAACCUGUAUUAAGUGGUCAGUUAACCAUUCUCCAAGGGUGACUGCUUAAUGAAGGUUUGUCUGCAUUGCAGUUUGAUUGGAAACCUGCUAUUUAAUUACACAAAAAGUGAAUACUUGACUGAUAUUCUUGCUCCUCAUUAAUUUCUGAACCAUGUGCAUGUGAAGGGUUGAAGUUUUGAUCAAACAGUUGUACAUGUAUGGUGCCUGGUGUUUAAUCAUACAAUCAGUUUUCUCCCCCUUUCCUUCUUUCUAAAAAAUUCUAUUGAAUUAGUUUAUUUUCUAGUAAGUACAGUAUACAGUAUAAGUGCCUAUAAACGUGAUUGUGUGUGUACGUCCAUACCAGGUGGGUCGUUUGGAGAAUGCAAUUGGAUGGUAUCACAGUCACCCUGGGUAUGGGUGUUGGUUAUCAGGAAUUGAUGUUGGAACACAGAUGGUCAAUCAACAAUUCCAAGAACCUUUUGUAGCUAUUGUGGUGAGUAAAUUCACAUUCUUGAUAUGCAGUCUAGGGUUCCUCAUUUUUAAAAGUUGUAGAUAAUAAAAUAAUUAUUUAAUAGUUAUUCAAAUUUUACGUAAAUGAAUUUCCAUUGCAGGAGAGUUAAAAAACCUUUACCCAUGGAUGUAUAAAUUUAUAUAAGAAUAAAUUAUUAAUGAUACCUGCGUCCAAGUCUUGUACCAUGUUUUAUUUAGGGACUUUAUAAAUGAGAAGCACAUCUGUGAAAUGAUAUUUUACAUUGCUUUUAUUAAUACUUACAGUAGUUGCAUUGAGUAAGAACUCUAACUUACACUUUACCCUUACAGUCAAUAGAGGUUCACAUAAUGGGCCUGGGAGCAGUUGUUUCUACUGAAUAGUUUAAAUGCUUGUAAUGUAGUAAGAAAUAACAAAUAGGUGGAGCGCCCUGCUCUCUUGUUUUAAAAAGCGUGAUCAUAAAUGCAGUCAUUUGUAUAUGUUUCCUUGGCUAAAUUUACAGUUUCUUCUCUCCUACUUCCAAAAUUUGCAAUUUUUUUUGUUUUUAUUACACAUUUUACAGAUUGAUCCUACACGGACUAUUUCAGCAGGAAAAGUAAAUUUAGGAGCAUUCAGGACAUAUCCAAAGGUGAAACAUUGUCUAGAGAUAUGUAAAUGUCCCGAGAAACGGAGAAUAAUAAUGUCUUAAUUUAAGGACCAUGUCACCGGGUCAAUAUUUUCAUUCAGAGUAUCAUUAUUUCUUUACUGCACAUGAUGAUGAUUAUUUUUUUCUCUAAACAAAACCAACUUUCUUAUCUUUGUGUCAGGGUUAUAAGCCUCCAGAUGAAGGACCAUCAGAGUAUCAAACAAUUCCUUUAAACAAGAUUGAAGACUUUGGAGUGCAUUGUAAACAGUAUGUCCUUGUUCCUGUAAUUAUUGGUCCAUUGUACUAGUUCAGGUUUACCAGGCUUGAAGCAAGUAUUAAGAAGCAACCGAAGCAAAUGAUUUUGGGAAAAAGAGUUAAAAUAAGUUAUUUGAAAUAACUCCUAAGAAAAGGUUCUUAAGGGAACCCGAGAAAAUUUUAUUUUUAAUUUCACGGGAAUUAAGAAAAAACAGGUAAAGUCAUCAUGCAUAAGAUUUUUUUUGUGAUAUUUGAAGCUUUCGUGAAGUUUGUCCUCUCGGGCUCCUACAUUAAAGGAACCGUUUGGAGUUAUUUCUAUCUUAUAACUGUCUUAUAACAUUUAUAGCCCCUGAAAAGUGUAAAAACGAAUGCAAUGCGUUUAAAUAAUUAAAUUUAUUAUUCUAGUACAAGGUUUUUGUCCACUGAAAAUUAAAAUUACUCAAUUUCCUAAUGGAUUUCAUCUUAAAUUAUGAAAUAAAUCAUGAUUUCAAUACUGUCAUUUGCAGAUACUACUCGUUAGAUGUUUCUUAUUUCAAGUCAUCACUAGACAGAAAGCUUCUUGAGAUGCUUUGGAAUAAGUACUGGGUUAACACACUCUCUUCUUCAAGUCUUCUUACAGUAAGUACCUUUAGCUUUUUUUUAUUAUAAAGGUAGCAAUAAUAUAAUAAGGAUUACAUGUAACAGGUUCUGUACAUAAUGUCUUUUUAAUGUAAGAUUGUCCUUCGUUAAUCCUAAAACCACCUAUAAAAUGAAUUUACUUUGAGACACAUGAGGUUGACAAACACCAUAAAUAACUCGUAUCUAAAACUUUUCUUAUAGUAGAUUAAAACAUCCUGAUCUAAGGUGCGAGCAACUGAACACUUCUGUUCAUGAAGUUAGCUGAGCCUAACUUAUACAGUAGCUACAAACUUUUAUUAUUACCAAACUGACGUGAAAAAAGUAAACUAUUUGAAAGCAUGUUAAGAGUAGAGCUUAUGACUAUUGGGCCUGUUGUUUUGUUAAUGAAAUGAUAACUAUAGAUGCUGUGUACUAGCCAAAGUCAAAGUGAGUAUGAUAAUUUUAUCUCACCUGUUUUCAGAAUGCAGAUUAUACCAAUCAUCAGAUUGCAGAUCUUUCAGAGAAGUUAGAGCAAGCUGAAUCUCAAGUAAGAAGCCAAAUCAGAGUGAAUCAUUUGUGCUUGAUUGUAAAUCACAUCCCCAGGGUUGCAGCUCAUCUGUCAAGCAGUAGACAGUGUCUGUAGGACACAAAGAUCAUUAACUGGACAAUCUGGAGAAUCAUGUUUUGGUGGAGAUUCUCUUUGUGUGCAAAGUUGAUUUUUGUUUUUUUUUUUGUUUAUAAAACUUUCCUCAAGUCAGAAGAGCAAUAUUUUCUGUCCACCAAAAAUAAAUACACUGUAUGUCCAGAAGUAAUUUCUAAAUGGGUGAACAGGACUGCGACUCAUUGUGUUGAGACUGGGAAAUAUUAUCAUGAUUGUCCAGGAGAUGGGCCCAGAGACUCAUAAAAAAGUUUAUUUUCAACAAAAUUACUGAACAUGCUGCAUUGCUUGGAUGAGAGACACUCCAAAGAGUGUUCUAUAACCUCAAAUCGUCAAAAUAAGAUUUAUUUCUCAGAAUCACAGUUAAGAACUACUUUACUCUGGGAUUCAGUGUUCAAGUUUAAUCUAUUUUCAGACAGCAGACUCAUAUCAAUAUAAUUAAUAGAUAGAGAAUUUCCGUAUAAUUUUUUCUUUAAUAUUUGACUGUUAACUGUUUUUUCGUAUCUCCCUGUAGGUUGGUCGUAUGGGUAGUUUUAUGAUGGGUAUGGAUCAAGACAAGAAGGAAGAAGGAAAGCUAGCAAAAACAACCAGAGACAGGUAUAUAAAAUAAUACUUUAAUACUUAGACAAGAUAACAGAUUAACAACUGCUUGUCUGUUUGCUGGUUAUUAAGAGCAGUUUCAUUAUCUUUAUUAUCUUUGCUACAUAGGUCUGUGAUCCAGUUUCACUCCUACUAUUAUGUAACUGUGGGAAAUGAUUUAUGA